AUCGCGGGACACAGACAGUCAUAGUCCUCCUCAUUGCAUAUUAGUGUUCCACAAACUUCUUUGUUUCUUUUGUUUUUGUCAGAGGGUGAACUAUGGCCAGAUUCGAGCAGAAAAAGCAGAUUGAACUCACCGUGGCGAGUGAAAAUCACUCCAGUGAAGAUGAGGCCAGGACUUCUGCUGCAGCAGAAAGGAAACUGUUCAGACGUGUUGCAGUUGGCUUUGGACUCCUGUGUGUGCUUCAGGCUGCUCUCAACAUUUCCCUUCGCCUUUUCCUCUAUAAUCAGACACAACAAGACAAAGCAGUCUGUGAAAUUGUGACAGAACCUGAUGAGCUGAGGAAUGUGAGCAAUCAGCUUUUUCAAGAAGGAUGGGUGUAUUUCCGUUCCAGCUUCUAUUACAUUUCCUUGACCAAGAAAACCUGGCAGGAGAGUCGAGAUGACUGUCUGAGCAGAGGGGCCGACCUGACGAUUAUAGACAGCCAAGAAGAACAGGACUUUUUAAGACGGAUUUCUAAGAGAAUGUGGAUUGGACUGACUGAAAGAGCACAGAAGGGGACGUGGCGAUGGGUGGACGGGACUCUGCUGAACACAAGCUACUGGUUCCCCGGUGAGCCCAACGAUGACCUUGGCAGAGAGGAAAAUUGUGCAGAGACAAAUUUCGGAGAUGUGAAAAACAACUGGAAUGACUGGCCAUGCGACUAUCAAAACCACUGGAUCUGUGAGAAGAAAGUGGCUCCAUAAGUCAGCGUCCCAGGUUGAUGUUGAGCUCUUCAUCAGAUGAGAUCAGAUCAGAUACAAAAAAAAAAAAAAAAAAAAAAAAAACUUUUUCAAUUCUUUGCAGCCCUCCUUAG